AAUAAAACACCACCAUCAGUGUGUUAACUACCGCACUCCACCUUAUCGCCCUCCACCACCCCCUUGCAUCCCACGCUAAAUUAAUACCAACAUGUCUGCCCCAGCGAAGAGUGCUGCCCUCAAGAUCAACUGGGCUGGGAUAACUAGUUCUCUCGGUCUUAAGGGACAAACAGCCGCGUCACUCCAAGCGUUCAAGAAACGGAACGAAGAUGCUCGCAGGAAGGUGGUUGUUCUCAGGGAGCAGCCGAUGAAGGUGGACUUCUCGUAUUAUCGAUCUAUUCUGGGGAACCAGGCCAUUAUCGACGAAGUUGAGAACGCUUGGAAGCGCUUCCAGCCGGUUACUUAUGAUGUUGAGAAACAAGUCAGGAUUAUUGAGGGGUUUGAAGCCGAGGCGGUGAGGAACGCGGAAGUCACAAAGGGGAGAGUCGACAACGAGUUGAAGGAGUUAGAGAAAACGCUGAGGAAUAUUGAGGAGACGAGACCGUUUGAAGAUUUAACCGUGGAUGACAUCGCGGCAGCCCAUCCAGAUAUCGAUGCUCGAACAGCCGAGAUGGUUUCAAAAGGUCGAUGGAUGCCGGCUGGAUACAAGGAGAAAUUUGGCGAACUUUCCGUUUUGUAAAAGUGGUUCCGAGUGAGGGAUUGGCUUGUAGUCUGACUGUGUAGGUUGUUGGAUAGUGUGAUCCUGCAGAGUGGAUAUCCUUUAAAACUGAAGCUUGGAAUU